UUAGCUUGCUGGAGGACCCACCAAUUUCAUGCUCGCCAUUUCCUCUAGAUAGUACGGUAAUUGUAAGAGAGCGCGAGAGAACCAAACAUUUCUGAGCCUUUAGAAUAGUAAAGAGUUAUAGUAUACUGGUGCUCGCUAUCUAGCUAAACCAAUGCAACAUUUCCAAGGAGAGGAGGUUAUGGGAGAAAACUACUUCCAUCAGGAGCUGGAGGACAUUUUCAGGACAGUUCUUGGCAACUUGGACAGUCUCCAACCCUUCUCUAGUGCCCACUUCAGUGUCUUCCCUUAUAAGAAGCCGUGGGAGGGAGCGUCGGAGGUGAUGUGCACACAGGGUGAGAGGAGGCUGAGAGCUUACCCGUUUAGUCUCAUCCUCUACCUGGAGAAAAACACACAGAAGGAAGGAGCAAAGCAAGCAGCGGAGAAGUUGAGCCCACAGAAAGACGUUGCACAGCGAUUCCCGUCUGUGUCUGAGCCCCAGUCAAAGCGCCGGAGAAGAGAUUCACCACUAGAGGAGGCCAUCCUAAAGGACUUACACAGGGACAUGGAGGCUGAAUGCAGCGUUUCUGUGGUUAGCAGGCUCCCUCUGCGUUGUCCACAUGCACAGAGAGACGUCCAAGAGGAUCGAGGACAUGUUGACAAGAAAGGUUCCAGAGGGUUUGACAAACCCCGGCAGAAAUCAGGUGUUAACACAGUCAGAGGAAGCGGGACUCCAGGUGAAGUGCAUUCUGGGUCAAAACAGCACAUGGGAGAGGAGGAGUGUGAUGAGGAGGGAGAGUCUGAUCCUGGGACACCUGUGAGGCCAGGGAUGUUGAGUCGACUGGCCAGCCAUAUCUUCCCCUUCUCCUUGUUCUUCAGAGAGCGCUGAGGGCCGUGGUAGAGAGACAGGAGGUGUUACUGGUUCCAGUAGUGGAAACUCACCGGGGUUUGUUUGGUCAAAGUUCUGCAGCGCAAACUAAAACAUUUGUGAUAUCUUUUCUCGAGAAUAGUACGGCGUAGACCUGUUUGCCUUUGUUUGCCUUCAUCCUCCAUUGAUCAUCUUUUAUAAUGGUGUCAGUGUUCACCUGUUGUUGACUUAUCAUUGGAGGGUCUGUUUUAUAUCUUUUUUGUUGUUGUUGUUGUUGUAGCUCUGUAUUGAUACCAUAAGCAAAUAAAUAUAGAUACUUC